CGGACGUCUUCCCCUUCACCCUACCUCUUCGUCCUCCCUUUUCUCCCCACAUUUAACCCCCCAGUUUGACGUCAGAAUUGGAUCAGGAACUAGACAGAGUCCUACGAACUGUUACCUCGACUCCGCCGUCGUGGAAUAUGAAAAUAUUGCACAAGUCGAGGCGCUCUGUGCCGCUGAUCCCAGUGGUCGCAGAGCUCAUAGAUAAACUUGCAGACACACCUACCGAGGAGUUGUCCGAUGCCUUGGCGCAAAUCGACCAUUGGAGGUGGCCGCGUUCCGACCUUAAUGCAUGGGUCAAAAUCCUCAACAAGUUUGACACCAUUAUGGAGGAUGUCAUACGUGAUUACGAGAUUGAGAAGGCUCAGUUGAAGCCAUUCAGUGCUUCCGACAAGCAGUUGCUGUGCGAGAUCCUGAGGUUCGAGAGGCUUCUUCUCGAGAACUCCACGAAUAGGAAGACGUACAACUCAUAUGACCGACUGAACAGUUUCAUGACGACGUCGGAUCUCGAUGUCCUCAUCUAUUCCUUGAAUCUCCUUUUGAGACCGGCUCAGCAGUAUUCCGCCCAGCCUGCGGUCUCGCAUGCCUUGAGCCUCAAUACUAGCCGACUCACCUCACUCUCAAAGCGAUGGCCGAGCCUACACGACUACGACAUCAAUCUUGUUGCUCUUGCGGGCGAGCAAGGGCGCGCACAAGUCGACUCGUUGCCGAACGAAGCACGUGAGGUUGCUUUUACGUUCUACAGGAAGGAUGGGUCACAGUCCAAGAAGGAAGAGAAGAAGGAACCUGAGGUAGACCCCUUCGAAGCGCCACCACCUCAGACACCACGCAAAGGCGCGUCAUCUUCACCCUCCGCCACAUCCGCGAAUGGCCCCGUUACCGUACAUAUCGAUAGCCAAUCACUCGAAACGAAGCCGGCGAUGCAAAGUUGGGCUGAGGCUAAUGAGACCUACUCCGUUCCGGACGAUGAGCGUUUCGAGCUCCUAUGCCGGAUCCGCAGCGCGAAGGCCCUCGCUCGGACACAUGCCGAAGAUCGAGAGAAGCUCGUCAUCGUCCGUCUUCUUGCCAUUGGUCUUUUCUGUCACACACAUCCCGAACAAACGACGUUCAACAACCUCUUCUUGUAUGAGCCCGACCUCGUGCACCACAUUGCUGAACUACUCCAGCUCGAUCGUGGCAUUGACAUCCAGGUUCAGACUGCUGCUGUAUAUGCGCUGGAUGCUGUCGGACGCUACCGGAACAAGAUCCAGGACGUCUUGACGGCUGUCAAUGCAGGUGUCAACCAUGGCAUCUUGAUGGCGCUGCUGAGAAAGACGAUAACAGAGCUCGCGAACGCCGAGUCCAGCACUCCUCAAGCAUUCGUAGAAGCUCUCUUGUCAUUCGUCACCUAUAUUGCAGCGCAUGCUGCUGGGGGCAACAUGGUCGUGAGCGCUGGGUUGAUUCCGCUCCUUGUGCAGGUCAUCGAGAACCGCCUGCCGAACCGGCUGUAUGCGUUGUCGAAGACGAUGCAAUUGCUGGACAACAUUCUAUAUGGCUACACGAACGCCUUUCAACUCUUCUGCAACGCCAGAGGUAUCGACGUGCUUGUAGGGCGCAUUGAGUACGAGGUUGACACAGGCCUUGACGAGCAUGGCGGAGGAAAGCCUGCGGCUGAAAUUCCAAUACUAUAUGGCAAGAUAUCAGUCGGGCGCGCUACUGUCUUGAAGCACAUCAUGCGUUCGAUGCACAGGAUGAUGCAGUCUUCUGGGACAAGCGAAGGCCUUCGUGGCCUUCUUGAUUCGUCUCUUGUGCAAUCCGUCAAGAAGGUUAUGGCGGACAGGAGUGUAUUCGGCGCAAAUGUCUUGGCUAUCGCUAUCAACAUCAUGGCAACCUUCAUCCACAAUGAGCCCACUUGCUUGCCAGUCAUUCAGGAGGCGGGGCUUCCCGAAGCAUUCUACACCGUUGUCGAAUCCGGUCUCGAGCCGGUUAUCGAGGUUGUCCAGUCUAUUCCAAACGCGAUGGGUGCCCUCUGUCUCAACCAGAUCGGUCAAGACCAGCUCGCUUCACGUCCUGGCAUCAUCCCUGGUUUCUUCUCAAUUUUCACGUCCGAGAAACAUCAACGCAUGCUGCAAGAGAAAGAGAACGCCGUCAUCAUUGGUACCGCCGUUGAAGAACUUGUCCGCCACCACCCCAGUCUCAAGAAUCAAGUCUUUGAGGCGAUUAAGCAGACCAUGGCUAAGAUCGAGGAGCUCGGUAAUGCGUAUCAGGUGCCCGAGGAGAACAAGCAUUGGUAUGUUCUCCGGGCUACAAGAACGACAAACGCGAGUGUGGGCACUUCCGAUGUCGAUGUCGACAUGGAUGCGUCUGCUCAACCAAGCUCAUCAUCUAUAGCCGCCAGCGCGGAGCCAGAGGCUACGCCCCAUAUUUUUGAGGAUAGCUCGUUCAAGUCACACGACAACGCAAUUGUCUCAUUCAUCGACGUCCUCGGCAAGUUCCUCGAGGGCUAUUUCCAGCAUGUACCGCACUGUCGCGAUUUUCUUAGCAGUACUGAUGGCCUGGAUCGUCUGGCGCGUCUCACUGCUCUUCCCUGCAUCCCUUACGACUUCGCAAACAGUGUCGCCUCGGACUCGCUAGUUCAAGUCGUGCGCACAAUGGUCGAAGCGUCGACAAACGAAUCGCUUGCGUUCAUCGUGAAGAUUGUGAACGAGUCGCUUAUCGCGACAGCCAGUCUGCGUGAUGAUAAUGCUGGGAACUCCAAGUAUCUCGAGUUGGCUACUGUUGAAGAUGAGCAGCAGGCUGCGGAGGCCAACACUGCCUUUCGAAAUCUCGUUACUUUGCACGUCCGCAUCAUGCUUCUGUCGGAUAUCUUUGCGACCGCCGGGUACUCUCAGGGACGAGCACUCGCGACCCUGCUGCAGUCAGUCACUGGUACUGGUACUGGCGACAUCUUGCUUGGUCUCGGCAGCCUCCACCGCUCAUCGAUUUGGGAGAACGUCAUGCUCAAGGAAAAGAUGACCAUCCGCCCCGAGGACAAGCAGCAGACUCCAGAAGCCUUUGCUCCAGUAGAGACACCUAUGUCAGUAUCUUCGGAAGCAACAACUCCUGGUCCUUCGACGACUGCGAAUGGCUCUCAACCUGAGAAUUCAGCGACAGCGACGCCGAAGCCUGAGCACCCUACCAAGAAAGAUCCGAAAGAGAUGAACAUGAGGGCGCUCAGGCAUCUUGCGAGCCAACUUCCAAACUCCCUUGCACCGUUCUUCCAGUCCGUGGUAAGACUGUUCCAGACGCGGAGAAACCCUGAUCAGGCGCAGAAACAGCGGAUUCUUGACGCUGCUGACGUUGUGGCGGAUGUUGCUGUCAAGCAUCUUUCGGCGAGGCAAACUGACGAUAAGAGGAAUCUGUUCACGUACUACACUAUGAUGCUAGGUCUUGUAACCAUUCUCCUAAUCGAUGAGCGCACCAAUUCUAAGGUGGCACACACCGUGCUACUUCAGGCUUUCCUGCGCAAGGGCGGUGUCGAUGCUAUCGUUACUCUCUGCCGCGAAUUCAUCGCCACUAUCGACGAGAUCACGCCUAUCACUCCGGAGGAACGUACGGAACUUCAAUCUCAGACUCUCAUUCAUGCGCAUGGCGGCUUGAAGGUCGCUCUCCACCUUAUUCACCCUCUUGUCUCCUUCAAGCCAAUCGUAGACUCGCCACAAUCUGGAUUCUUACUUGCCACCGACAAGAAAGAUACGGAACCAGGCUGGUUCGAUCCCCGCAACCUCGUCGUGCAGCUAAGGGUUGCUAUCCUACCGCUCUUGAAGGACAUCUGGCAGUCGUCAUGGCUUAUGUCUGCACCUCUUGGAGUUAGCAAGUCCGUCAUUCAAGUUGUCCUAGAGCUCCUCAACACCGACCAGGAAGAGAUCAAGGAAGUCGAGCCUGCUGCGCCUUCCAUGGUGCCUGCAAUACCGAUUGCUACCCGCACAAUCGGUCCGGACGAGAACCGGAUCAGGCAACUCACCGACAUGGGCUUCCCACGCUCUGCAGCUGAGCGAGCGUUGAUUCGAGCUCGGAACAAUGUCAGUCACGCCACUGAACUCCUGCUUGCCCAGCCGUUCCCACUUCCCCCUGAUCCUGAGCCUGAACCUGCGGCCCCCGCGCCUGAACCCGCUGAUUCUGCGCCUGAACCUGCUGAUCCUGCGCCUGAACCCAUUGUCCCCGCGCCUGAACCCAUUGUCCCCGCGCCUGAACCUGCUGCCCCCGCACCCGCUGCACCGACUGUUGAGGACGCGCCUGCUCAACAGCCAGCUGCAGACGAAGCUGCCGCUACCGCUGUCAUUGCGCCUGCGCCUGCGCCUACAGAAUCGACACCUGUCCCAGAGGCCGAAGCUUCGUCAUCCUCGUCGUCAUCUCCUCCGCUAGCACCUCAAAAGUCUCAUGAAGAGUGGCUCAAGGAGCUGAACGAUCUCCGCGAACCGCUCAAGGAGAGUCUCGGAAGUCGUAUCCUGAGCCUCGUUGAUGAGCACCCCGCUCUUGUCUUUGAUGUCCAGAAGGUGUUCGUUGGACCGUCUGCACCAUAUCGUGACCAAGCCGUCAAUCGUCUCACAGAGGACGUGAAGAAGUUCUCCAGUGCCGCACUCGACCACCAUGAACAACCACUGUCCGUCCGCUUCCGCAUCCUUGCGUUGGUACUCAAUGACCCUUCGUCUCCUCUUGCUGCAAUGCCCGAGGCUGAGGCUACUAGUCUCAUGGACACGCUCAUAGGUCUCCUGCUGUCGACACCUAUCAACAUCGAGAAUGGCCAUGUCACGAUUCCGAAAUGGUUGGCUUCGCAUUUACUAGUUACAGAAGCUGUCUUGAUGAUGGGUGAAGAACCACGCUCUGUGGGCCUACCUACCAAGGAAGAUGAGCCCCUCCCCGAGAUCGAUGCUGUUGAAACAGGGCCCAAGUUUAACGAGAAGCGGCCGGUCGUACUCGACUUCUGCUUGCGUCUGCUUCACGUGCCCCAGCUGCCUCGGGACGAACUGCUCUCAUCUCUCAGACUGUUCAUGCUUCUGACCCGUGACCAUGCUCUCGCUCUAGAGUUCGUCAAGAGGGAUGGUAUCAGCGCACUCUUCCGUCUCCUCAGGGAUUCACCUACAUCGGCGAGCGCUCCUGGCACUCAUCCAUACAUUGCGAGCAUUCUCCGGCACAUCGUCGAGGACCCGGUCACUCUGAAGCAAAUCAUGCAGCAAGAGGUCAAGGCCUUCCUCUCGCAUCCCCGCCAUCGGCACUUGGAAGCCGGAAGCUUCGUUCGCACUUGUGGUGCGAUGGCGUUGCGCGACCCUAAAGUUUUCGUACAAGCAACUGCCGAGGUUUGCCAGCUGUCAAAUCCGUAUGGCCCGCUCAAGAACCUCAAUCUCAAAGAGUCGCACAAGUCUAAUUCGGAUGGUACUUCCGGUGCAGAAGGCAGUGGCGAGAUGCAUAUCGAUGUAUCUGUCUCUCAACGUCCUUCAUCCGAGUCCCUGGAUUCGCUGGUCCAUUUCCUAAUUUCGGAAUUGAUUAAGUCCGUCAAGGUACCAGAACAGAAGCUCAGCUCUGAGGGUGCUGCUACGCAAGCACCAUUAUCUGGUUCAUCCACCGCCGUGCAGCCCGCUGACAGCUCGACGUCUACUUCGACCGAGAUCAAGGACUCCUCACCGACUCCGUCAAUCGAUCAUACCUACUCGUGCUUCGUCAUGCAGUGCCUCACUGAACUUCUGUUCUCUUAUGACUCCUGCAAGGUCUCUUUCCUGUCCUACUCCCCUAAGAAAAGGACACACACGCCAGCAAAGGAAAAGCACAGAACGCAUGCUCUCCAGUUCCUCAUUAACGACCUCCUCUCUUUCGGGACCAUUAACCCUUCGCCACCGUCCGAAGCGAAGCAGCAAAUUAUGCUCUGCAACUGGGCAAUGUCUGUCAUCGUCGCCCUCUGCGUCGACACCACACCAACAGAAAUCAAGGACGUCCCUUCGGAGCGCGCUUCUGUCCGUAAGUUCGUCUUGGACGCUAUCAAUCGUGCUAUCAAGGACCUCCCUGGCUCUGAAAUGGGCGAGGCACGUUACAGCCGUCUUCUUGCGCUGGCCGACUUGUGCUACCGCCUCUUGACUGUGCGGUUCAACACUGGCACCCGCAAGAUCAACGAUGACGCCCCGACUCACAUUGCGAAAGUUAUGCUCGAGAAGAACUUCGUCGCAACCUUGACCAACGCUUUGGCCGAGGUCGAUCCAAAUUUCCCAGAUAUACGUGGUGUCGUUACAGGUAUCCUGCGUCCGCUCGAAUAUUUGACCAAGAUCGCCAUCAAGAUGAGUCGGGCGUCCGACAAGCAGAAGGAUUCUCCGUUGGACAAGGAAGAGAGCAUUGACUCCGAAAUCUCGGAGGAAGAUGAGGACGAGGAGAUGGAGGAUGCCGACCGCGAGGAAGCUCCUGAUUUGUACCGCAACUCGUCUCUUGGCAUGUAUGGAGGCGAGAUGGAAGAUGUUCACUUUGGUCACGAUGAUGAAAUGGACGAGGAUGCAGAAGACGAAGACGAUGAUGCUGAGAUGUACGAUGAGGAGGAGACUGGCAGCGAAGACACUUCUGCUACUGACGAGGAGGACGAAGAGGCUCUGGAACAGGAGCUUGAAGAUGAAACCGGAGACUCUGAGGGCGGAUGGAAUGAGGCAGAGGAGGAAGAAGAUCUUGUGGAGAACGAGGAAGGGCAUGAAGACGCUGAUGAAGAUUCCGAAGACGGAGAAGAAGCUGGAGAAGAAGCAGAAGUUAUGUGGCAGCCAAUCCCGACGGAUCUCAAUGCUCGGGAAGGCGACCAGAUGUUCUGGCAUGGAAUGGUCCGCUCAGGUCGUCGCCGUGGUGAAGAUGACGGGCUUGAUAUUUUCGGUCGCCCCCGCACCACAUCUACUGGCAUACCUGAAGGCACAACCCAUCCGCUUCUUCUCGAUCCUAAUACGGCCGCUCCGACCUCGCAAUCUCGGUCGUCUCGUCGCGCGCAUCGCGGUACGAUCGCAGGCUUCCCACAAGACCUACUUCACUCAAUUGAGCAUGCUCUCGGCGAGGGCGCAAUCCAGCUCUUCCAGCAUAUUAUUCAGGGGCGUGGUGGUGCUGGCGAGACUAUUCGCAUUGACGUGCCCGCAAACCAACUCAUCCCCCAACUCGGCCGUCACGGUCGCGCCGGCAUCUCUGCUCAUAUUCGUCUUGAGCGAGCUCCCCGGAACGAUGGCCGCAGUGAUACUCGUGGCUUCGAGCCUCUACUCACAAGAGACCGCUGGGCGGAAGAAGUUAAGUCGUUGCACGGUCGCUUUGAACAGAGCCGGAUCACGAAGAUCACUGGUCAUGUCGUACUCGCACUCUUACCCGAGGCCAUCGAGGCUCACAAGAAAGCCAAGCUUGAGGAGGAGAAAGAGGCCGCCAGACGCAGAGAAGCACAGCAGAAAGCGGAAGAGGAAGCUGUUAGGAAGAGAGAAGAAGAAGAGAAGGUCCGCCAAGAGGAGGAACGCGCGAAAGCAGAGAAAGAAAGGCUCGAAGCAGAGGCUAGAGCUGCAGAAGCCGAAUCCGCAGAUCAGAGUGCAGACGCGGACACGGAGAUGGCUGAUGCUACUACGCAAGGGCAACCCUCAGCCGCCGAGGAAGGUCAACCAGAGGCUGGCUCAUCCUCCGUUCCGGAACGUGUGACUGUUCUGAUUCAUGGGAACGAAGUAGAUAUCACAGACACUGGCAUCGACCCUACAUUCCUGGAGGCACUGCCGGACGACAUGCGGGAAGAGGUCCUGAACCAACACAUUCGUGAUCAGCGUGCCGCACGUGUGGAGCGCCCUGUGGACUCACAGAUCAGCCCAGAGUUCUUGGAUGCCCUCCCUCCCGAACUGCGCGCCGAAAUCAUCCAGCAGGAGAAUCUGGAACGUGCACGCCGACAAGCGCAGCAGCCCACCGCUGCUCCUGCUCAGCCCGCGGUCCCUGCGGAGAUGGAUCCUGCGGAUUUCCUGGCCAGUCUCGACCCUGCGUUACGGCAAACGGUGCUUAUGGACUCAGACGAGAUGUUUAUUCAGGCAUUGCCACCUCAUAUGUUGGCCGAGGUUGGUCUCUUCCGCGACGCUCAAAAUGCUGCUCGCUCUCGUGCACAACCCGCACCCCAGCUUGCCGUGCGUCAGGGAGGUCGCCAGCCGCCCGCCGGGCCCGGCAAGCCCCCAGCUUCGCGAGAAGCCAUUCAGCUUCUGGACAAGCACGCCAUCGCUGUUCUCAUUCGUCUACUCUUCUUCCCCCAGGUGCUCAGGAAAAAUCUCCUGUCGAAGGUCCUCGUCAACCUCUCGGAAAACGGGAAAACAAGGACCGACAUCUUCAACCUGCUAUUGGGAAUAUUGCAGGACGGUACUGGGGAUCUCUCAUCGAUCGACAGGAGCUUUGCGCAGAUGUCCUUCCGCAACACGAAAUCCUCAGCACAGAUCACCCCUCACACUCCCGGCAAAGCCACCCUUCCUCAACCAGAAGUUGUCCCGGAGCUGGUCGCUCAGAGAUGUUUAGACGCUUUGACAUACAUUACCGCAACCAACGAGGCAUCGUCACUCUUCUUCCUCACCGAGCAGGAAUUGCCCACUGGCUUGAGGCGCAGCAGCUCGAAGAAGGGGAAGGGAAAGGAGAAACAGACCUCACAGGCCUACUAUCCGGUCGUCCUUCUCCUUGGACAACUCGACCGCCAGACGCUGCUUCGAACGCCUUCCCUCAUGGAAUCCGUUGCUGGUCUGCUCUCCCUGGUGACUAAACCGUUGACCAGCCUCAAGGAUGCGCAGAAGGAGAAGGAGAAGGAGAAGGAGAAGGACGCAAACCCCGAGGCUGAUAGAAGUGUUACAGCCCCGCUCGAGAUACAGCCAACUGCUCCGUCAGGUAUAACUGCCCAACUACCUCAGGGAAAUAGUUCAGCUCCGUCAAACAUACCUGAGACAACGGGUACCCAGGCCUUACCACCAACAGCCGACAAGGUGUUGCUGUCGCAUCCCCCGAAUAUCCCCCAGCAAGUGCUCCGCCACGUCGUCAAUAUCCUGACAGCUGGAGAAUGUUCUGGUCGUGCGUUCUCGCAUACACUCGCGCUCAUACAACAUUUGUCGUUCGUUUCUGGUGCACGAGACGUCAUCGCUCAAGAACUUCGUACAAGAGCACAGGAGUUCGGCCAGCGUCUUUAUUCGUCAUUAGAUGAACUCGCGACAGCGUUGCAGGAGUCACUGCAGGAGUUACGCACCGAGGAUGUUGCCUUGACCGUCGCAUCAAAGUUUUCGCCCGCCUCCUCUGAUCAAGCCAAGCUCCUCAGAGUGCUGAAGACCAUUGAUUACAUGUAUUCGCCAAAGUCAAUAGCUUCAGCAGCGGACGCUACGAACGAGGAUGUCGAGAAGGUGCAGAGCAUCUACGAAAGCUUCCGCUUUACAACUCUUUGGCGGCGCUUGGGAGACUGCCUGUCCGUUAUCGAGGAGCGGCCAGAGCUAGAGCACAUCGCGACAGUCCUCCUGCCUCUCAUUGAGUCUCUGAUGGUUGUCUGCAAGUACGUUGGUCCCAAGGCGUCCAGCAGUACGACAUCUCGUGCAGUGCGUGCUUCUGCCUCUCCGCGGACACCGACAACAGCACGAGAGUCUAUGGAGGAUCUGUUCGUCUCCUUCACCGAUGCGCAUAGGAAGGUGUUGAACCUGAUGGUGCGGAACAAUCCCUCUCUCAUGAGUGGCUCCUUCUCUCUCCUGGUUAACAACCCUCGCGUGCUUGACUUCGACAAUAAGCGCAACUACUUCAACCAGCAGCUUCACCGCCGCCUACACUCACGAGAACAUCACGGCACACUGCAGCUGAAUGUCCGUCGUCAGCGAGUUUUCGAAGAUAGCUUCCAGUACCUGCAGCGCAAAUCCGGAGAGCAGAUCAAGUAUGGCAAGCUCAGCGUGCGAUUCUACGACGAGGAGGGCGUCGAUGCCGGCGGCGUCACACGAGAAUGGUUCCAAAUUCUUGCGCGACAAAUGUUCGAUCCGAACUAUUGCCUCUUCCAGCCUUGCGCAGCGGAUAGGCUCACCUAUCAGCCGAACAAGGCGUCGUCGAUCAAUCCCGAACACUUGUCGUUCUUCAAGUUUGUCGGCCGUAUCAUCGGGAAGGCCAUCUACGACGGACGUUUGCUCGACGCGUACUUCGCAAGGAGCUUGUACAGACAGAUCCUUGGCAAGCCCGUGGACUACCGCGAUGUCGAGUGGGUGGACCCUGAGUACUACAAGUCGCUCUGCUGGAUCCUCGAGAACGACCCGACACUGCUCGAUCUCACUUUCAGCGUGGAAGCUGAUGAGUUUGGUGUCACGAAGCUCAUCGAGUUAAAGGAGAACGGAGCCCACAUUCCCGUGACGAACGAGAACAAGCGAGAGUUUGUCCAGCUUUCUGCCAACUAUCGUCUUUACUCGUCAAUCAAGGAUCAGAUCGAGGCUCUCCUGACGGGCUUCUACGAGAUCAUCCCGAAGGAUCUGAUCCAGAUUUUCGACGAGAAGGAGCUUGAGCUGCUCAUCUCCGGAACACCCGACAUCGACGUGGACGAGUGGCGUGCUGCGACCGAGUACAACGGUUAUACUAGCUCAGACCCCGUGAUCGUCUGGUUCUGGCGCGCAUUGAAAUCGUUCAACCGCGAGGAACGCGCGAAGGUCCUGAGCUUCGCGACUGGCACAUCUCGAGUACCACUCGGUGGUUUCGUCGACUUGCAGGGCGUCCAGGGCGUCCAGAGGUUCUCUAUCCACAAAGCGUAUGGAGAGGUCGACCGCUUGCCCCAAGCACAUACCUGCUUCAACCAGAUUGACCUGCCCCAGUACUCAUCGUACGAGAUGCUUCGGCAGCAGCUGCUCCUGGCCAUCCACGAGGGAGGCGAGGGCUUCGGGUUCGCGUGAGAUGCCCAUUGGCCGCACGAGACGAGACGCACCAUCUAUCCGGACUACCCCUAUGACCACGUACAACAACGCACGCAUCAACGCAAUGCCACAUCCACACGCACCGAUAUGUAGAAAGCAACGCACAACCUCUUGUACAGUUUACGCAUAAUAACAUUGUUUAGCUAGUAUCACGAUGAAUACGGUCUGUUCCCUCAAGGAAGACACAAGUUGGAACAUUGGCAAUAAAUUUGUCAUCUGCACGCGAAACAACCCCCGCAUGCAAAGCGGGUUGCAGCUAUCGGUCAUCUCACUAAGAUGCAGUCCGCGUAGUGAAGUGUAUGGCCAUGAGCCUACGGGCCUCUGACGAGUAGCAACGGUAUGGAUAUUGUAGCACAACAAAGCAUAAAGCGGUGGAACAUCCCAGGAUUCUCUGCCCCGCAGCUCAGUAACUACUAACGCCAUAGGUUCCACUCAUCUUAAACUCUCCGGUGUUGGACCAGCGGACGGUGAUAUCCUUGUUGGUAAUGUGGAGGCUGCUGUAUCUGC